CGCGAGAUGUCGCUGGUCCCUGUGUGUAGGGCUGCUGGGCAGGACAGGGGGCUGGAUGUGGGCUGUUGGAGACUCUAGGGGGGCAGCAGGGUAUGUGUGUGUGUUUGUGAGUGUGUUUGAAGCUCGUCGAGCAGCAGGGGAACUUGAAAACUUCACUGCGUUCAUUGAGGAGAGAUCUGUGUUCGGAGAGUCAGCGUUUGGGAGCCGAAUCGGCCGCUAACAGACCAGCUGUGAUCGACAGACCGGUCCGGUUCUCAGCAUUGGAACGAUUUCCGGCCAACAUGGAUGAUUUAGAUGCUUUGUUGGCGGACCUUGAGUCCACAACAUCCCACAUUUCCAAGUGUACGCUCUUCCUGUCUGACGAGACCGCCUACUCCUUCCCUGUUGGGGACCAGACCCAACAAGACAUCUGCUCUCCACCGCAAGCCACACCCACUCCCUCUGAGCUAAACGGACUUGAUGAAACAGAGUCCUUCAGCUCAGCCCAGAGAAGUCCCUGGUCUAGAGAUAGCGGCAGUCCAACUCAACCCGUUGCUGAAGAGGACCACGUAUACAGUUUCCCUAAUAAGCAGAAGAGUAGUGAGUUAUCAGCUAUGAACUCAGCCUUGGGCAGCAACCUGUCUGAGCUGGACCGCCUGCUGUUGGAGCUCAACGCUGUCCAGCAAAGCACCCCUGCCUUCCCCACAGAAGAAGAAGCAGCACCUCCGCUGCCGGCCAGCAGCGUCAUCCACCACGUCCAGGAGAAUGGAGUCUCUACUGCGGGAAAGGCCGGUCCACCUGUAUUGGAGAAGCCCAAACGCAGUGCAGCAGCUCGGGGAAUAGAGGAUGUACGACCAAGUGUAGAGAGCCUUCUGGACGAGCUGGAAAGUUCUGUGCCCUCUCCCACUCCCACGCCGUUGGUUGUGUCAGACGAACAAAUAGAUGGACUAGAGGAAACACCAGCACAGCAGCAAGCCAGAAUGUCUGCCUCCUCUGCCACACGAGAGCUGGAUAAGCUAAUGGCCUGUCUCUCUGACUUCCAAAUCCAAAGCAAUAUCCAGUCCCAAGGAAAGACUUCUCCCACCGGUCCCCCCAAACCGGCCAACAAGCUGGACAACAUGCUGGGAAGCCUGCAGUCCGACCUCAACCGACUCGGAGUCCAGACAGUGGCUAAAGGUGUCUGCGGAGCCUGCAAGAAACCCAUUGUUGGACAGGUGGUGACUGCCAUGGGCAGAACGUGGCACCCCGAGCACUUUGUGUGCACCCACUGCCAGGACGAGAUAGGCUCCAGGAACUUCUUUGAGCGUGAGGGGCAGCCUUACUGCGAGAAAGACUACCACCACCUGUUCUCCCCACGAUGCCACUACUGUAAUGGACCCAUACUGGAUAGAGUAGUGACUGCUUUGGACAAGACUUGGCAUCCAGAGCACUUCUUCUGUGCCCAGUGUGGAGCCUUUUUCGGACCAGAAGGUUUCCAUGAGAAGGAUGGAAAGGCGUUCUGCAGAAAGGACUACUUUGACAUGUUUGCCCCUAAAUGUGGAGGCUGUGCCCGUGCUAUCCUGGAGAACUACAUUUCUGCUCUCAACUCACUCUGGCACCCUGAAUGCUUCGUCUGCCGGGAGUGCUUCACGCCAUUCAUAAACGGCAGCUUCUUUGACCACGAUGGCCAGCCAUACUGCGAGUCGCACUAUCAUGAGAGGCGCGGCUCGCUGUGCUCCGGCUGCCAGAAGCCCAUCACCGGCCGCUGCAUCACAGCCAUGGCAAAGAAGUUCCACCCGGAGCACUUUGUGUGCGCUUUCUGCCUCAAGCAGCUCAACAAAGGCACCUUCAAGGAGCAGAACGACAAGCCCUACUGCCAAGGCUGCUUCAUUAAACUCUUCAGUUAGACUGUGUGAUUGCAUAUAAAUGUGUGUGUACAUGCGCCGUCUACACAAAUAUUUACAUGUCUGAAUGCACAUGUGGGAUGUGUGUGCACUCCCAUGUCUAGCACGUAUGAGUCAGUGAAGAGGUUUUUGUAUAAUGACGGCGUUAGUGCGCUGGUGGAUCACAUCAUAAGGGUGAAAAAUGUCUCUGACUAUUGACCCUCGACACCGAAGAGACUUCCCUAGCUGUCCAACCUCUCAGGCUUGGCAUUUCACACUUUUGCUAAAAGAUGUUUUUAACAGAGCCCAAAGAGAUUUUUAUUUAGAGUUUUCCUCCUGUGUGCCGCAAAGAAAAUACGCUAAUUUGCCCUUGUGCGUGUGUACAUAUAUGAGCAUAUGAGCGUCGAGUUAAGACUUCCUCAGAGCCCUGAUUUGUAAAUGAUUUAAUUCCCCCAUUGCAGGGCAAGACUUUGCACCCUAUGGUGGUUUUAUGCAGAUAUGAGAAAGCUGCUUGAGUGCAUGGACCAUAGAGAGUUGACUUAAGCAGUUUUAGAAUAUGUUGAGUGUUGAAUACAUAGUGCUCGGCCAAUGAGUGUUGGAAUAAUCUAUGAGAAAGAUGUAUUUUUCUAGCUUUGGAAACUAUUGAGGUUCCAUUGAAAUAACAAUUGAAACUCCAUAAUGUAUGUACAUGCACACAGACACACACUGAACUCCUCCGUCGUCUUCUUCUAAAAUACACAUUCAAACUCUUUGCGAACAGAUCUCUUGAUGAGACCGUCUUAAGGUGCAUUUUACAGCUGUCGGCAAGAUAUUAGCUAGUCCUUAUUUUUCUACUGUUUUACUAUGAAAAUGAACCCACAUGUUUUCUCAGUUUCAGCAUACAUUACAUUCACAUUUGUGCUCUUGUUAAUUAUCAAAUAAAUAAGUCGCCAUAUUGAACUUUUUUUCCCUGUAGCAACUCGGAACUUAAUUUUUACUUUCCUACCGCAAAGUUUGUGUUUAAUCAUUUAAAUGAAUAACUUUCGAAUCAAAUUAAACGGUUGCGACUGAUGACAAAAAGUAGUGUUCAUUAAUGUUGAAAGUAUGGUGCAAUUUAAAACGAGCCAAAACAAGGUUCACUGUAUUAACUUCAGUUAAAGUGGAGAUUUGUCCUGCUGUAUGUACCCACACAGAAUAAAUUCAGAAGAAUUGAAUUCAGAAUAAAUGAUGCUUGAGUUCAACAUCUUUUCCAUAUCUUAUGAUUGAAACUGUUGUGAAUUUAUCACUAUAUUAAAUCUAUUGAGGCUGGUUCAAGAUUUCAAAUAUGGUUGUGCAUUAGGGUUAGAAGCAUGCUUUAUUUUAUGUGGAGUUUUAUCAGCAGUAGCUGCCAGUUGCUGUUACAAUCACAAUCCAAAUUUGUAUACCUGUAAUAUGCUCGACUUUGAGACAGAACUGUGUUUUGUCACCAUUUUGAUGAAAAUAUAUAUAUUUUUAAGCUGUUUGGGCUCACACUGAUAUGCAAAGAGCUGGCUCUAUUGGCAUGUAGGCUAACAAUAGUUUACCUUGUUCUCACACACACGACACGUACCAGCUUUGAUUCCAGUGUGUCAGACUUCCAAGGAAAAGUAGCCCUUAUUAUUUUCAUUUUGAGUUCAUGAACUAUGAUCCUGCUGUCUCAGUUGAUAUCAGUGCUUGGCUCACUGAUGCAAGCUAGAUGUUAGUGUUCGCUGGUCAGGAAUCAGAAUACAGGGCCAAGCCUCUUGCAAGAUUUAUGUAAUGACUAAUUUCAUCUUUAAUUUACCUAUAGCUCUGUUUAGCCACAUAUGAGACAAUGAGUGAUUUUUUUUUUUUUGGGACAAUAUUUCAUGUCUUUAUGAUCACUAUGUGUGUAUCCACAUUCAGAUUGUUUUUACUUUGAGAAGAUGUUUGCUCUUGUGCCAAAUGUGUCAAUGCAAUAAGGUCUUAUACACUGUGGAGUUGUCAACCUUUCCUGUGAUUUGACUCUUUAUGGGCCGAACUCUGGGAGAGGCUUCGUCUGCUGUGGUGCAUCUUAACUCCCAACGCUCAAACGUUUACACUGUAAUAGACAAGCCGAGGAGGAUUCAGCAGAGUAUGGUGUGCACUUGUAGCCAAUUCAGAUUUACAGGAAGUAGCAGGGGGAAAUUAACCGAAAUUGUGAGCUAAUUUUUCCCCAUGUACAUUAUCUGCUUACAGUAUAUUGCCUUAUAGUUUUUGCUUCUGUCAAAGAAUUCAUGAAAAACAAAUCUAAGCAUUUUACUGUUAAUGAGAUUAAGUGAACUUUGCUUUGUGAAUGGAGACAUUCAUGUGAUCUUUUACCAUUUGAAUUUUCUCAUGAGCCACACAUUUUCACUGGCUCUUUGUGUGGGUGGGGUGUAAGCCUAUGUGGGUCCUGAUUACUGAUUAUUAUAACUGCUGCAAAUAAAACAAGUACUUUAUUUCUGGCA